GCCAAACGGACAAGCGCCCAUAGGCUUGCAAACAAACUCAGGGAUUACAUGGCGAUCUCACAACGCCCGUUCGUGUCAAGCUCCUACUUGCGCCAUGAUAGACGACACAACCGGCAUGUUGGCAGCGGCCUCGCCUGCGUCGCGAAGCACAAGCCCUGGCUCGUUUCCGCCGAAGAACACCGCCUCAAGUUCUUCUCCGGUGGCCGUCGUCGCUACCAUACGUGUGCCAGGGCUCCGACGAUCCCACCAUGUUUCGCAAAUGUUGAGCCAGGAAUUGUAGGAGAAAAUAUAAGCCUGCCGAACAUGGAACGGAAGGCUAGAAUAAGGAAGCAGCUCCUGGAACCUGAUUUGUUGCCAUCUGCGUACGAUACCGCAUGGGUGGCUAUGGUGCCCUUGCCGGGAUCUCCUCAGGUUCCAUGCUUUCCACAGUGUGUAGAGUGGAUACUACAGAACCAACAGAGGAAUGGAUCUUGGGGUCUAAGCCAAUUGGACUCCAAGGUCAACAAGGACCUCCUCUCAUCCACAUUGGCUUGUGUGCUCGCACUUAAGAAAUGGAGUGUCGGCAGGGAGCAUAUCAGGAGAGGACUACGUUUUAUUGGAAGCAAUUUCCCCCUUGCUAUGGAUUACCAGGCUGCUGCUCCUAUAGGCUUCAAUAUCACUUUUGCUGCUAUGGUUAGUCUUGCCAUUGAGAUGGGUUUGGAAUUUCCCGUUGCGCAAGCUCAUGUUGAUGGGAUUCUCCACUUCCGGGAUAUGGAACUGGAAAGGCUUGUGUGGGAUAAAUCUUAUGGGAGAGAAGCAUAUAUGGCUUAUGUUGCUGAAGGUUUAGGAAACCUUUUGGACUGGAAUAAAGUUAUGAAGUUCCAGAGGAAGAACGGAUCGUUGUUCAACUCUCCUUCCUCAACUGCUGCUGCACUACUCCACAAUUAUGAUGACAAAGCCCUCCAGUACCUAAAUUUUCUUGUCACUAGAUUUGGUAAUUCAGUACCAACAGUAUACCCCACAAGGAUAUAUUGUCAGCUUUUAAUGGUGGAUUCCCUUGAAAAGAUUGGAAUAUCUCAGCAUUUCUAUAAUGAGAUAAAAGGCAUUCUGGAUGUGACAUACAGUCUCUGGUUACAUAAAGAUGAGGAAAUCAUGCUAGAUGUAGCAACAAGUGCAAUGGCGUUUCGGCAUUUACGUAUGAACGGAUAUGAUGUUUCGCCAGAUGAGUUGUCUCAUGUUGUCGAAUUAUCCAAUUUUCGAAAUUCACUUCAGGGAUAUUUAAAUGAUACGAAAUCUAUUUUGGAAUUAUACAAGGCUUCAAAAGUCAGUGUAUCAGAAAAUGAAUUCCUCCUAGAUAGCAUGGGCUACUGGUCAGGCAGCUUACUUAUGGAAAAAUUGCUCUCUGAUGGGGGGGAAACAAGACCAAUCUUCGGAGAGGUGGAGUAUACUCUUAAAUUUCCCUUUUAUGCCACAAUGGAACGUCUAGAUCACAAAAGGAACAUCGAACAGUUUGAUUCUAGGGGUUCUCAGAUGUUAAAGACUGAAUACGUGCCAUGUUGUGUCAACCAAGAUUUAAUGUCUUUGGCAGUUGAAGAUUUCACUUUUUCUCAAUCUAUUUACCAAGGCGAACUACGGCAUCUUGAAAGGUGGGCGAAAGAGAAUAGGCUGGAGCAUCUACAGUUUGCACGACAGAGGCUGACAUAUUGUUAUCUUUCGGCGGCUGCUACCAUAUUCUCUCCCGAACUGUCUGAUGCUCGCAUCUCCUGGGCCAAAAAUUCUAUACUCACAGCUGCCGCGGAUGAUUUCUUUGAUGUCGGGGGGUCAAAUGAAGAGUUACAAAAUCUUGUGGCAUUAGUUGAGAAGUGGGACGAGCACUCAAAAGAUGACUUCUACUCCGAGCAAGUAAAAAUAUUAUUUUAUGCAAUCUAUACUACAGUGAACCAGCUUGGAACAAUGGCUUCUGAAGUACAAAACCGUGACGUUAGAGAGCACAUGAUAGAAUUAUGGCUACAACUGUUGAGGUCUAUGAUGACCGAGACAAAAUGGCGAAUGAGAAGAUAUGUGCCAACGAUCGAAGAAUACAUGUCAAAUGCAGUUGUGUCAUUCGCACUUGGGCCCAUUGUGCUCACAUCAUUGUAUUUUGUCGAGAAAAGGCUCUUCGGAAGCAUUGUCAACGAUUAUGAGUACAAUGCAUUGUUCAGGCUAAUGAGCACUUGUGGUCGUCUCCUCAAUGACCUCCAAGGAUUUGAGAGGGAGAGCAGCGAGGGAAAACUGGAUAGUGUUUCACUACUUGUUAUCCACAGUGAUGGUUCUAUGUCCACUGGAGCGGCUAAAGAGGCCAUAAGGAGAUCCAUAGCCUCAUGCAGAAAGGACUUGCUAAGGUUGGUCCUUCAGGAAAACAGCGUUGUUCCUAGGGCAUGCAGGGAGCUGUUCUGGAAGAUGUGCAAAGUAUGCCACCUGUUCUUCUCUCAUACUGAUGAAUUUACGUCACCCAGCGAGAUGGUCAGCGCAGUGAAUGCACUUAUCAACGAGCCACUCAAACAACAAAAUAGAAAUCUACAUUUGUCUGUGCAAUCAGACAAUUAAAAUACCCUUCGUUGUACCAAGUACAUAUGGAUCUGUGGAUUACGUGCUCUGUUCAAAGAAAUAAAAGGAUCAAUUGCAGUGCAUCUACCCUUUAUUUGUGGUUAGAAACAAAUAUACUGACUCCAAUCCAUAAUAAAUGUUGGGAUUUUAUUUCAAAUUAGCUCAAAUUCAAACUAAAGUCCCAAUACUUAUUAUGGAUCGGAUGGAGUAGUUUGUUUUUAACGAACGUUGGUGUGAAGCUUCAUCUUUAAGAAUCAUAGGUCCUUCACAAUCAUCGGACAGGUCUUGCCAUUGUACUUGGUAGUGCAUUUUCCAAUCUUAAUGCUAAGACAUUAUCGUUCCACACGGGCGCUCAUUGUUUGAUAGGCUCUGCUAUAUCUUGUUCUUCACUUUUCUUUACCUAG